UCACAUUGAAGCUGACCUUCCGAAAAUAUUAGAGACAAUGCAGGCUCUCAUCUUAGCUGUCAUUGCAGCUUUGUGUCACGUGACGCACGUGGAUGCUGCGCAGGUGCUAGACGCUAACAUCCGCUUCCGUUACUCACUACACCGUAACGGGCGUCAGGCAUAUCGUCAUCCCACACUUGCCAGCCUCCUUGGUCUUCCCAGAGAUGUCACAUUAGAGGUCGUCGACACCAUCACCACCGUCCAUGGCGCGCAAAGACGUCGUUACCGAGAGUUGUACAAGGGCAUGCCUGUCAUAGGGUCGAGUAUUGAAGCCGACGUUGACGACAACGGCCGAUACGACGGUGGCGCCGUGACGGGGACACUGAUUCUGUCUAUGACCAACGACAUCCCCAACCCUGGGCUGUGUCAGUUGACGGAACAGGAAGCACAGGACAUCCUCCUUCAAGGGGAAGGACUAGCCUUAGAUAUACACAUUCUACGUAAGGAAAUUGUCAAAAAGAUAUUUGUGGACAACGCCAAGAAAGCUCAUCUUGUGUUCGCUACGGACAUACUUGUUGAGCUCCCGGAAAAGGAGUCAAGACCAUACUACCUCAUUGAUCGUUGCGACGGUUCGGUUCUCAAGAAGUCAAAGAAGAUGAGUACGAUGUUCAAUCCCCGAGAAGUACCUGUGACAAGUACUCAAGACUGGGGGACGGGGGAAACGACUCUGGAUUGGGGAACAGGGGAAACAACUCUGGACUGGGGAACAGGGGGAACAACUCUGGACUGGGGGACUGGGGAAACAACUCUGGACUGGGGAACUGGAAGUACAGAUAAUUGGUUCAGCCCUUCUCCAAGUGACAAUACCAACAAAGUGUCUCCCGUCUCCAGCACUGACACCGUAUCUUCCCCUACUACACCGAGCCAAAAAGUCACCACAGCUCCAGUAACAUCCAAACCUGACGGUCAGUGUGCAACCUUUGUGAAGGGGACCGGUGGUAACCCAAAGACAGGAGCCAUCGUAUACAGCACACCCCCCUACUGUCUCGACGUGAGGGUGGAAGGAGACAUGUGCUUCCUUGAAAAUAAAUAUGUCAAAGUCGUUGAUCUGAAACAGACAAAAAACGAAGAGAAGACUGAGGUUGUUAGCUUCAAAUGCUCAGACGGGUACAACGACGCCAUCAACGAAGCCACCAACCCCGUCCUCGACGCCCUCUUCUACGGCACAGCUACUUUCAAAAUGUUUGAAGACUGGUAUAACACUAAACCCCUGAACAUUCAGCCGUUCCUCCUUGUUCAUUACGGUAACAUGAUUGAUAACGCUUUCUGGAACGGACAGAAGAUGCUGUUUGGGGAUGGAAGCCAAGACCAGACAUAUCCCCUGGUAGGACUUGAUGUCAUAGGUCACGAGCUGGCACAUGGGGUUACUGAGCAGAACUCUGGACUUGAGUACUCUGGACAGUCGGGCGGGAUUGAUGAAGCCUUCGCUGACAUUGCAGGAGAAGUUGUUGAGGCGUAUGUUCGUAAAACAGACUGGCUAGUCGGUUUCGAUCUAUCAAAGUCAAAGACUGAAGCGCUUAGAUAUUUUAAAGACCCAACCAGGGAUGGAAGCUCAAUAAAAGAUGCCAAAAACUUUGAAAGCGACAUGGACGUCCACUUUAGUAGUGGCGUCUUCAAUCACGCCUUCUACCAGAUCGUCGAAGUCGGGAAGAUCCCGAUUAAAUACGCGUUUGAGGGAUUCCUUAUCGCUAACAAGGUUUACUGGAAGGAGGACACGGGGUUCGUCGAUGGCGCAUGUUCCACUAUCCGGGGCGCUUACGAUGCUGGCUUGGACACGGAGAUAUACGCAGCAGCCUUCACAGCUGUAGGGGUCAAUGCUUGUCCUUUGACCAAAUUUCUUCAGUUGCUAGCCCCCUCGAAACAGCGCUCCAACAUCCGGGUAUCCAGCAUCCGACAACCACUGUUUGGGAUCAAGACCAUAGACACAACCAAGAAGAUCGUCGUGGAGGCUGUUAGUGUGUCUGGAGCGGCUGUGAAGCUGGCGUUGUCGAGGACGGUGUCUCGAAGUAACCCUGCUGCUUCAGGGACUGGGAGGGUGGAGCUGACGGUGUCGGGAAUAGCUUUGUACUACGUCCGCGUCUUCACCGACUCCGUCGACGAGAUCAGUGACGUCAAGAUCACUUUGAAAUUGGAAUAGAUAACAAUGAAUGUCGGGUGGAGAUAAAUCUGAAUCCACUGGCGUCAGAAUGUGUUGUACAUUAAUCACUCGCUAAUACAUGUUAAUAUCAA